UGCAAUGCACCGGAUAGAUAGUCUUGGGAUUCUAUCAAGAAUGACUCAGUUGGGGUGUGUCAUCAGACGGACAUAUUCUGUGCCAAAGUACUUUGUACAUAUUGACACAAACCAUAAAGUUAUCAGGUACAAUAUUGUGAUAUUUGCUGGGAUUGAUGGCUUUUCACGUAAGAUAAUGUAUCUGAGAGCUGCAGACAACAACCGAUCUGACACAACCCUGUGUUUCUUCAGUCAGGCUGUUGAGGAAUUUGGAUACCCGCUAAAAGUUCGAGCUGAUCAAGGAGGAGUGAAUGUUGGAGUGGCUCGUCUGAUGUUUACUGUGCGUGGGCCAGACAGUAACUGCUUUAUAGCAGGCAAAAGUGUCCACAAUCAGAGAGUUGAGCGACUCUGGCGUGACGUCUGGAUUGGUUUCACCAGCUUGUUCUACCAAAUAUUGCACACACUUGAGGAAGAGGACAUGCUGGAUAUAAGUAGCACUCUUCACUUGUUUUGCUGCCAUUAUGUAUUUUUGCCCCGACUUCAAGCAAAUCUUGAUGUGUUCUGUGAAGGAUGGGACAACCACCCAUUGAGAACAGAGCAAAAUCUCACACCAAACCAGCUGUGGGAGAUGGGGCAGAUGGAGAAUCACAUAACCAAUCCAGAGUGCUAGGAGAUGAACAUUCCUUAUAUUGACUGGGAGGACAGUGGGUACUCGGAAGAUGCGCACACUGUGGUGACUGUUCCACAGUUUGAGAGCCC